GGAGCUCUUGUUGGGUGGACAAAAGGUUUCAAGGCAACCAAUUGCGAAGGGGAGGAUGUUGUUGACUUGCUAAGGGAAGCGAUAAAACGGAGAAAUGAAUUUGAUUUGGAUAUCGUAGCGGUGGUAAAUGACACAGUUGGGACAAUGAUGACAUGUGGUUAUGAAGAUCCACAUUGUGAGAUUGGACUCAUUGCAGGGACAGGCAGUAACGUGUGCUAUAUGGAAGAAAUGAAACAUAUAGAACUAAUAGAAGGAGACGAAGGCAAAAUGUGCGUCAACACAGAAUGGGGAGGAUUUGGUGACAAUGGCUGCAUGGAUCAUUUCAGGACAAGAUAUGAUCAAGAGGUGGAUUCGGGCUCUCUGAAUCCUGGGAAGCAAAAGUAA